UGAUGUCACGGGGAUGUACCAAGUCUUCCGGUAGGGGGAGGCGGAACUCACCAUAAUCUGAGAGAGAGACAUGGCCGGGUCCCGGGGGGAACCAGCGGAGGUUGAGAGUCGGGAGGAUGAAGAACAGGGGAUUAAACUGGCAGAGAUUCUGGAGCUGUUGGUGGCUGCUGGUUACUUCAGGGCGCGUAUUAAAGGUCUUUCACCAUUUGACAAGGUGGUCGGUGGGAUGACCUGGUGUAUCACCACUUGUAACUUCGAUAUCGACGUGGACCUGCUGUUUCAGGAGAAUUCAACGAUUGGCCAGAAGAUAGCUUUAACAGAGAAAAUAGUGUCAGUUUUGCCAAAAAUGAAGUGUCCGCAUGGCCUGGAGCCGCACCAGAUCCAAGGCCUGGACUUCAUUCACAUUUUUCCAGUUAUUCAGUGGCUGGUGAAACGUGCAAUCGAAACCAGACAAGAAAUGGGAGACUAUAUUCGCUCAUACUCGGUCUUCCAGUUCCAGAAAGGGCACAGCCUUCCAGAGGAUGAUCAGUUUGCCCAGCGGAGAGAGAAGGCUUUGAAAACCCUGAAUGAUACCUUUGAUAUCUAUAAACCGCGGAGGAAGUAUAAACGCCAGGGAGACACGGCAGAGGUUAUGGAUGAGGAAUCACGUGUUCACAGCACUUUAUUGGAGUAUGGCAGGAAAUACGGACUGAGCAAACAAGGCAAAGCUGAAAAGUCAGAAGAUUGCAAAGUGUCUGUACCAUCCAACCUUGGAGGCAAAGGAGACAUGCGCGAGGAAGAUGAGCUGAGAUCAGAGGAGGAACUUCGGAUAAAAUCCUUGAUGGUCAGAAUGGCUGCCAUGGAAAUGGAAGAGGGACAUCUGGCAGCGAGUACUGUGGGGCAGAUUGUGGGGCGGCAGUCGGAUGAAAUUAAACAGAUGGCGUCUGAAUAUGCUGAGAAGCAAUCGGAACUGUCCGCCGAGGAACGUCCAGAGAACUUAGGAGCCGCCGCACAACACCGCCGGAAAGUGACCUCCCUGAACAAGCAGAUCACACAGAGGAACAAUGUUCUGGAGCAGCUCAAGGGCCAGUCUGCAGAUCUCCAGAGCUCCUGCAGUGAGCUGAAGAAGGAGCUGGCAGAGGUCAAUGAUUUUAGUGGGAAGCUUGAUCAGGAGCUGUCAACCCUGGAGAGUGUGGAGUCAAAAGCAGAUCCCAGCAUCCUGCACAAACUCCGGGAUUUAGUGACAAUGAACGAAAGUCUGAAAGUUCAGGAGCAACAUUUCCGUUCCCACUGCAGAGAGGAGAUGGCACGGCUGCAGCAGAAUAUUGAAAGUCUGAAAUCCGAAGCUGCAGAAAAUUCUGAGGAAAAGGAACGGACACUGGCUUUGGAGCAACAGCACAAGGCCGAACGUGAAAAGCUGCAGAAGAUUCGACUGCUGCUGGCACGCAGGAACCGAGAAAUCGCCAUCCUGCAACGUAAAAUCGAUGAAGUUCCAAGCCGGGCGGAGUUAACGCAGUACCAGAAGAGAUUUAUCGAGCUUUAUGGUCAAGUCUCUGCCACUCACAAAGAGACAAAGCAGUUCUUCACUCUUUAUAACACUCUGGAUGAUAAGAAGGUUUAUUUAGAAAAAGAGGUGAAUUUGCUGAAUUCAAUUCAUGACAACUUCCAGCAAGCAAUGGCGUCACCGGGCACUCGAGACCAAUUCCUGCGGCAGAUGGAGCAGAUUGUGGAUGGAAUCAGACAGAGCAGGAACAAGAUGGAGAAGAAGAAGCAGGAAAAUAAGAUGAGACGGGACCAGCUGAAUGAUGAAUACUUGGAACUGCUGGACAAGCAGAGACUGUACUUUAAAACGGUCAAAGAAUUUAAAGAGGAAUGCAGAAAAAAUGAGAUUCUCCUGAGUAAAUUAAAGGAUCUAACUUCGUGAGCGCCUCACACGGAUCAUGUGGCAACGGAGGAGGGCUCAUGUCAGCCUUUUAUUAAAAUCAUGAGCUGUGACAUGUGCAACUUGCCAUUUCUCAGUCACGUGUGAUGGGAGUUUGUAUGUAAAAUAAAACAUUUAUACACAUUGGUUUUGUAUUUAGUUAUUAAACAUGUUAUGAAGUUUGUCAGGAUGUCAAGGGAAACAAUUCCUGCUUUCCCAAUAAAACCAGGGAAUUAAAUUAGCACCGUA